AUGUUUGUUGUUGGUGUCGUCAGCAGUCUCACUUCACUUUUGACUUUUCAAAAUGCAACUUCAAGAACAGUUGGAUGUGGACUGUAUCUCCUAGCAUCAUCAGUCACAUCUCUCUUGACAAUCACUAUGUUCUCAAUCAAGUUUUGGUUUGUUGUUAUGACACAAAUCGACAUGUCUGCUUCUCGGUCAGUUCUUCAAGGCGGUUGCAAGUCGCUUGACACUCUUCUGAAGCUGUUCUUUUACUGGGAUUCUUGGCUCAGCGCAUGCGUCGCGGUCGAUCGUGCAGUGAAUGUUUACAUAGGAGUGCGCUUUGAUAAAGAGAAAAGUAAACGUUUCGCUCGAUGGAUCAUCUUCGCCUUGCCAGUCUUGAUCAUGGGCUCGCUGAUUCAUGAACCAAUAUACCGUCAAAUAUCCAAACAUGAAACAAUGGAAAAAACAAAAAACAACGUAGGAAUAAUUCCUACAACGGAAAUUGUGACACAUAAUUAUGUCUGGUGUGUAACUACAUAUCCACAAUCAGUUCAAGAUUACAACACAGUCAUCCUGUUCAUUCAUCUUCUUGGUCCAUUUCUUACAAACCUCUUCUCUUCAGUAUUCAUCAUUAUUGCAAGUGCUCGCCGACGGGCUGAAGCUCAGAAUCGACAACCCUAUCGAGAACAUCUUCGUGGACAAUGGAGUGAACAUAAACAACUUGUUAUCAGUCCUCUAGUUUUACUUCUUCUGUCAACACCACGCCUUGUCAUUUCUUUGUUAUCUGGAUGCACAGAUGUUUCUCGUUAUGCAUGGCUGUAUAUUUCUGCUUAUUUCAUAUCGUUCACACCAUCGAUACUCAUAUUUAUUAUCUUUGUCCUUCCUUCGACUUCGUAUCGGAGUACUUUCAAACAAUCGCUUUUUGAACUUUGCAAAAGACGACGGUUAUAG